CCCUUCAAAAUCCCGCUGUCCAUGUUGCAGUCACGCUUCCGAAUCGGCCUUAUCAAUACAGAAGUCAAAUCACCAAUGGAACAGGCUUUUUUUGGGCCAGAUAUCACAGGUCCGGUGUGCACAUGCUGGGUCUUGCUAAUUAAAGGUCUUCCCCAAUUUGGGUUUGGGACUCCAAGCGGAGCGAAAUCAAAUUAG